UAAACCUGUAUUUUCAUCCUGUUUUUCAUCCAGAGUACGAGCUGUUUGCAUUUGUCAGUCACAUGGGAACAAGCACAAUGUGCGGCCAUUACGUCUGUCACAUCAAAAAGGAUCAACAGUGGGUGAUCUUCAACGAUCAGAAGGUGUGUGCUUCAGAGAAACCACCCAAAGACCUGGGUUACCUCUACUUCUAUCGGAGAGUGGCUGAAUGAGACAAGGGAGUGUUGAACACACACAACACGACAUUCACAGUCACAUCCCAACAAGCUAAUUACGAAUCCCCCGGCACGCUUUACAGUGACUUAAGUGUAAAUAAAUCCCUCAGAUCGCAUAUAUACAAAUAAAUUGGUGCAGAUGUACAGAUGAGGUGUUUGGGGAGGGGGUGGCAAAUCAUGAGCCUGUUUUAAAAAGCAGAUAUAAUCAUGUAAUAUCUGGUCAUUUUACAGAGUUAAACUGAGAACUAAUUCUCUGUGAAAACAUUUGUUCCAGCUUUCACUCAGUAAAUGAAUCUAGAGAAUUCAUAAAACCUGCUUCAUAAAACAAGCCCCAUAACUUUCUUUGUCCAUUCACUCAUUCUUAAAACAUUUGUUUAAGUGCCACUAUUAACCAUUUCCUGAACAAUUUCUUCUGCACCUCCCCGUCAAGUUAAUGCUUCCAGCCCCCUCUUCUUUUAUUGGACGGUUACUGCUCGGUGUCUCCCACUUUCUCCUCUGUCUGUUUGAGUGAGGGUGUAAAACCAAUUGAACCAUUUAAAAAGAAAAAAGAAAGAAAAUGAAAUGUCAGGAAAUCAAACAUAACAGAUCAAAUGUGUGUCUCAAAAGCUAAAUAAUUAAAAAAAAGAAGUCAAAACACCAAAUUCACUUGUUUUUUGUUAAAGGUUGGUGAGGGUGAUAUUUGUUUUCUGUUUUUAUUUUGCAAACACAUCCUUUGUUAUUUUUGCUGUGACAAAUAAAGAAUCGUCUUUCUGUCAUUCUGCCGCCUUCUCAAUCCGUGCAUCAUGGAAUUUUACUGCGACUCACUACUUUGUUUUUAUCUUUUUUUCAUAUUUAAUGAAUUAUUGGCUACAAAGUCACAAAUGUGAGCAUCACUUGUGGAGUUUUAGGUAUUUGUAAAUAAGUGUCUCAGCUGCUGUAAACAACCUUUCUCUGCGUCAUAUAAAAAUAGCAUGGUUUACAAACUGUAGACCUAGUUUACAGGAAAGUGCAGGCAUGAAGAGAGCUCGGGUUUGCAUUGGCCCACAACCUUCUGAAGUGCAUGUUUCCCUCCUGUCUUCCGCCUUCUACUAUUUCAAUUCUACGUCCUUGUGCUCAUGAUUUUGUUGAUUUACCACACCGAGAGAUUGAGGAAAGACUUUGGCCUUUAAAGCAGCACAGAAACACUGCCUGAAAAUUACGAAACCAUCAUUUGUGCUUGAUUUUUAACAUCAAGAAUGAAGGCCUUGCCCUGGUUUUGGUUUGUGGUGAGUGCAGUCUCAGCUGCAGGCAAAGGUGUCAUCACAAAACCCGGGGAGCGUGUCACUCUGGGGUGUGGGAGCAGAAGAUCCUUCAAGAGCCUGGCUUGGUAUCAUGGAAGCGACCUGAUUCUUAGUGUCAACGGAAAGAGUGGCACCAAUCGCAAAGGCACAGCCAAAAUCCAGCCAAGGUCAAAGGUGAAGCAGGGGAGUGAUCUGGAGAUCUCCGGAGUGAAGAAAGAAGAUGCUGGAAAUUUCAUUUGCACUUUAGACGGGGAUUCUCAUACGAUCACGCUUCUUGUGGUCUCAGUUUCGACCAGUCCACCUGACGAGCUUCAGCUGGGCAGGGAGGGCACUCUCCAGUGUGAGGUAGCAGGUCUGCCCCCGGACUCAAUCGUGCAGUGGACGAGGCCGGACGGGCGCUCAGACUCGGGAACAGUUCAUUUUAACCCCUUGACCCUCGCAGAUAAAGGGCAGUGGGUGUGUGGCUUCUCUUAUGACGGGGACACAUACAAUGAAAUCUUUGACAUCAAAAUUAAAGCGUCCGAACCACUGACAUCAUCCCCUACCCAGAGUUCAAAGGUGGACCAUAAGACGUCAUGCAUCAACUGUUUCUGUUCUCCCCCUGGAUGUACUGACCAGCCGUCCGGUAUUGGACUGGCCGGCUGGUGGCUGUGGGUUGCAAUAGGAGUUGGCAGCUUCUUUGUGGUUCUUCUUAUGGUCUGCAUCAUUGUUUUGUGCAGGAGAAACCGGAGGAGGAAGAGAAAAUUCCAGAGGAUGAUGAAUGAGCGUCAAUCAGAGAGGCCCAGAAAGUACUGCCAGUGUAACUGCCCGACAGCUGCGGCCAAACCACAGCAAGGACGUCACAAAGGGAAGCCGUCAGCUCUGCCUCUGAAACCCCUGCUAAUGCAGUGACACAUGAAAGACAGAUCGAAGAGACGAGCGGCAGAGCAAAAGAAAAGGAGAGAAAGAGAGGAGAAGAUGGAGAUUAAGGAGAAGAGAGAGAACGUGAAACAACCCCAGAGUGAAUGUGGCAUGAAUGUAAAUGGGCUUUUAAAAACUCCAGAUGAAAAAUCAAAUGUAAUGAUGUUGACACUUUGAGCUGUUUCACCAAAUCUAACCAGUGAAGUGAAUGUGACUGUGUCUGUGGCUAUGUUUUACCUUAUGUGGCAUAUGAUUAUAUAAUCUCUGUAGGUGGCUUCAUCAAAUCCAAGUGUACUGCUUUGCAUCUUAAAGAACAUUUGCCACAUUUAUACUUUUUUCUCUCAUGUUGCUGUGUAUUUGAAUUGUAUUGUUUGCCUUUAAGAAUUGCACUGAAUCUUUUUUCCCCCUCAGUAAAUAAACCACGUGGAAACUCAA